UGUCAGUUACGAGUCCACGUGUGAGAGUUCGCUCCAGACUGUGGGCUUUCCUCUGCAGUAGGAAUUCCCGAUAGCGUCUUCACCGCUGGCUCCAGUUACAUCGUCGUAACUGCCUGGGCUAUCGCUCAGAUUGUAAAACCGUUCACGUCACUAGGACUAAAUAUAUAGGCAGAGAGUCCAUAGCUGUGUGAAUGUUGUGUGCCGAUUCAUGAAAGGACAUUUACUAUCCAUGCCGAUUAGAGGAAGCCUAAACAGGUGUAAUACACGGAGGUAGUAUAUCCCGACUGUAAACAUGGGCAAUAACACCAGCAGGAAGGACCAACGUCGAUCUCGUCCCGGGGGACAAGCUGUGCAUGCCCUCAACAAAAUAGAAGAGCUCCGAGGUCCAUCUGUAGAUUCCUAUGACAAACUAAUUGCCUGGUUAGCUGAGAUGGCAGAAAAUGAUAAUGUAGAGCUGGACACAUCUGUGUUUGUCAAGCAUUUGAGUCGCGUGUGUGAUGGGUCCAAACCUAACAAGAAGUGUCAACCAUUCCGUCAGAACUCAGCGUCAUGCGAAUCCCAUACAAGUCAUGCAAGUUCGGGGUCUCAACGUUUCAACAGGUCCACACGGUCUGUGGAUGACAAUCUGGACCCAAGGUACAUUCUCAGGCAGGCUUUCAACAGUCGGCAAGGAACGUUUGCAAGUAGUGAAGAUUAUGAAGAGUCAGAGGAUGUGAGGAAUGCAUCAAUGGAAAGCCUAUACAGUGGUUCAGACAGGGACAGUGAGCUGGAGAGUAUAGCCACCUGUGAUUCUAGUAUAAGGAGUGGAAAGCAUCCUAAAUAUUACGAUUUCAAGAAACUAGUGGGACCAAGUGGGCGGUGUGCCUACAGCUCCAGUUUAGGAGAUCUGGACAGAUUGGAUAAACAGCCAACGAGUUUGAACCUUGUGCUCAAUUCCCGACGGAAAAGCGUCAGCCUCCUCGACUUAUCUCCCCCUGAUCGAGACAGCUUUGACUAUGAAGAACGCCAGGCACCUUCCCCACCACCCGUUACACACAAGGACGACAGCUUCCUGGACGACAAACUGCUCGAUGGCAACAUCGCAGACAUCCUGUUUUCUGUGGAGGCUCUCUGGGGCAAGUGAGGACUACCGGCUCCAUUUGUUGGUUUCAGCUUUUGUUGAGCGGUUUUUGCUUCACUGGUCACGUGGUCACGUGCCACGGUGUCUGUCCUGCAAUGGAGUGAUUGGUGGUUUGCACUUGAUACAGUGGGAAUUUGUUCCUGCACACACCACGCUUUGCACGUGCAAUUUCUACACAAGAUGCACUUCCGGCGCAAGGUGAAGGACACACUUCAACGUUUCUCAGAAUGUAAGAUCUUUGUCAAAUAUUUUCAUCGACAUAGUGCAAUGUCGAGAUCUGUUAUUUGGUGCUGCACAAUUCAAUCUGAGCUAGGCGAACAUCUCGACACAAUGCACUGAUUAGCGUUGAACUGGAAAAGAGGUGAGCAAUAUAGGGUUUGGUGGCAAGAAAAGAGUGUAUGGUUUUGUUGAAAAAAGUGUCGGGUCUUUUGUGAAUACAACAUAACAGUUUCCACCUGGGAAAAGUUGUAUGGGUAAGCCAGGGAUGCUUGACUGCCCUGGCCCCUAAGAGACACACAAAACAUCGAUAUAUCACCUGUCAUUACUCAAUCUUUGAUAUAUCAGAAUAUAUCUGUCAUGAUUGUGUUGUCCAUUUUGUUUCCUUGUUUCAUAAUCCAAAGUUAAGUUUUGGGUUUUUACAACAUACACAGGAAUACCAAUAAUCGCAACGUUCUUUGUUUUUUAUAGCCGUUGAUCCUUUAGAACCAUAAAUAUGGACUUCUUUGAGUGUUCUUUACAAUAUUCAUUAAAGUUUUGCUUCACAUAAUUUGUUAAAGAAAACCGAUUUCGUAUGAUCGCGGAUUUGCUUUUGUCGUUUAUAUUUAUCUUGAACGUUGACAACACUUUAUAUAACAGAAUAAAGUACAAAAAAGUGUCCAAUAUAUUGAAUAUGAGCAAAAGUCUUUAUGCAAAUAAGUGUAUGUUUUAUAUAUACAGUUUCUUCUAGCUAGUACAGUGGAGAUGUUCAAUGUCUGUUAGUAGGUAUCAUUACGUGUUUCUAUAAAAGACAAGGGUUUUACCUGAACUUCAUGGCGUCCUUUCUACAACUGCACACAGGUGUACAAAGACUAUUAUAGAUGUAUUGUUGAUUAUAUAAUGUACUCGUGUAGACAGGUGGGUACAUGGACUUAUAUCUACAUGUAGGUUUUUUCCAGUUGGCAACUGAUAGUUUUGGUAGUAUUAUUAUGUAGAAUGGGCAAUAUAGAUAUUAUAUAAUUGUUGCAGUGCAAUAUGCAGUCAAUGUAUUUAAUGUUUUAAGGGACAGUCGAAUACGUGCUGAGUAAUAUUUCCAAAAUGUACACCAAGUGACACAUAUGGGACAUUUAAGUUAGUCUUUCUAUUUCUUUAAAAAAAAGUAACAAUGAGGAUUAUUCAUGUAUUUGUCUCCAUCAUGUCAAUUUGGGAAAUAGGGAAAUAGUGUACACGCUGAGGUAUCAAAGCAUCUGAAGUUUCAUUCGUUUUCAAAGAAAACUGUAAAACAUGAUUUGAAUUGUUAAAUAAUCAUACUGUUUGAAGUAUUUAAAUGAAUAAAUCCAUUAGAAUACAAUUGUUUGGAAGGAUGAUGUCAAAGCGUCGUCUUGCCUUUCACUUUUUUGAGGUUAAGUCACUCUUUAAGUUAACCGUUAUUCUUCAGGAUACGAACCUUUCUUUCAGAGUAAAGGCUUAUUUACAACAGAAUUAUGAAAUAGGAAAUUAUACAAUGUAUCUUUGAUAAGAAAUACGUCUUUUCUUUUCUUUUCUUUUCUUCACUAGAAUCUAUGUUGUAGCAUUGUACUUGUUUAAUAAACCAUCAGAUAUAUUCACA